AUGGAAGUAUAUUCCAGAAGUACAACUCAUAAAUCCAUACAGGGAUUUUUUCUGGUUUCCAUAGACUUCCUCGCAAUCUCUGGAAAUAUCAUCGUCUGCUGGGUUGUCUUCAGAAAGCGAAAGACGCUUCGCGUUCCAUAUUUAUACGUGUUUGCUUUAGCAGUCUCGGAUUUGACUGUAGCGAUAUGCUGUUUCCCUCUCUGUAUCCAGGCGUUUUUCGAAAAUGCGUGGGCUCACGGCCAUAUCUUGUGCCAGUUCACUGGUUUUCUCAUUUACUUCUGGGCAGGGAUUUCUGUUCCAACCCUUGCUUUAACUGCAGUGAAUCGCUAUUUCCGUGUGGUCAAAACGCAAAUAUAUCGCAACUACUUUUCGGUGAAGUCAAGCCUCUUCCUGAUCAUGUCUGUAUGGGUAUUUACGCUUUGUGAUGGUUUCUUAUCGACCUUCGUUGGACCAGUGAUAUAUCAAUACGAUUCGCGAUUUUUCUUCUGCAUUGGAACAUUCGCCAGCAAAAAGCACCGAUUAAUCAUCGGUGUGCUAUUGCACUUGGUUCAUGUCCUUAUUCCUCUUGUUGUCAUCGUGGCUUGCUACGCGAGUGUAUUCAAGACAAUACGAACGCAUAACGCAAAUAUAACACCCUCAUUCCAAGCGUGGCGAAACCAGCCUUUGACAGCCUUGAAUGCAUGGGAAAUACGUGUUACGCGGUUACUGUUUUUAGUGAUCUUGGGGUUUUUCGUAUGCUGGAUACCUGUCAUAGUUAUUGGGAUUUUGUCGCACUCAUCAGUAGCGAAUUUACCAGCAUUUGCUUACGAAUUGUACACCGUUUUGGCAAUGACUUCCACUGUAAUCAAUCCAUUCGUAUACGGGUUGGGGAAUCGGGAAUUUCGGCGAGAGUUUAUGGGAGUUUUUAAAGGCACAUGA